CAGACAAUCCAGCUACCAACUGAGCUUUACUAAACGGAUACUUAAUCACCACCUGCUUAAGACAGCACCCGCUCCAACCAGCUGCUAUGUGUAAAGGACUUGCAUCUCUGCCCACCUGCUGCUUGGAAAGGGCCAAAGAGCUGAAAGCAAGGCUGGGAAGCAUUUUGCAAAAAUCCAACUGGACUCCAUCCUGCUGCAGAAUAGGGAAAAGGAAGCCAACCUUGGAGGAAUGUCUCAGGUGGAAAGAGUCAUUUGAAAAACUCCUGUCCAGCAAAUAUGGACUGUGUGCCUUCACUGCCUUCCUCAUAUCUGAGUUCAGCGAGGAGAACAUUGCGUUCUAUUUUGCCUGUGAGGAUUACAGAAGAACCAAGAUUUCCAACCAACUGCCUGCGAAAGCCCAGAAGAUUUACAAUGAAUUCAUCGGCAGUGAAGCUCCUCGAGAGGUAAAUAUCGACCAUGAAACCCGCGACAUCACCAAAGCCAACAUGGACGAUCCCUCUCCGUCUUGUUUUGAUCAAGCCCAGUACAAGAUCUACAUGCUAAUGGCCAAAGAUUGUUACCCUCGCUUUCUCCGCUCUCCAGCAUACAGAGAUUUAGUUUGCCAAGCCAAACCAAGCACCAAGGCCACCAAGCUGCCACAGCAAAAGAAAAUGGUGUGAAACCUCUCCAUGAGCUUAAGAUGGACUCUAAGUCAACUAAAGAUUUGAGAAUGCUGGCAAGGCAUGGCAUUUAGUCCUGCGAAGUGAAGAAAUCCCGACACCGGUGCAGACACAAAGAAUGCUGAGAAGAAAGCCGCAGAGCAUGGUCGUACAGGGGCUAUCGCUUUGAAGACAAAGGAGGCUGAAAGGCGAGAGAGGCGAGCGAUACGUUAAAGGCUGCUGUCAUGAAGUCGACCGACAUAUCAGAACUUGUCGAGUUUGGGGGGCAGGAGAAAAAUAAACAGACUGAUAAUCAAAAAGGAGAAGAGCAAAAGUGGAAAAGCACUUUCACUUGCCAUUAACCUUUUACUUUCUGUGAUGUGAAAUAUCCUGUGAAAGCUGUGCACUUCUUUGUCAAGCAGACCUGUGGAGGUCUAGUAUUUAUUUGUAUUUAUUUUCUUGUAAAAUAUUUGUUGCAUUUUGUACCAAACAAUGAUGAAAAUGUGCAACAUAAUUUCUACUAUAUGUACAUGAUUGUCUUUUUUACGAAGAAUAAAAUCAAUUGAAAUAAAGUGUGGACAUGCAA